AUGGGUAUCCAACCUCCCUUCAUUUAUGACCCAAUCAAAACAGAUUGGUCCUUUGAUCCAAAAGCUGUCUCCAGAGCGAGCUUAUCACCCAAGGCACCACGGCCAAAGCGACCAGAUGGUCCUUUGGUCAACUUCAAUGCACAUCCCGAUUCUUAUCUCAUUGUUCCUUGUGGAAAUGGGGAUUCUGAACCAAUGGACCCUUCUGUCAAGAAGAGAGUCAAAUGGACUAGAAAAGUCGCGUUGGCAUUGCGAUGUUUUCAACUCUUGGCAGCAGUCGGCCUUCUAAUCAUGUCAAUUUUGAUCACGGGUUUGGAUAUGGUUUCAGGGUGGAUCAUGAAGCUUGCGCCCGCUAUAGCAAUCAUUCACACCAUUUAUGGGGUAUAUCAUUUAGCGCGAAGAUCUGGCGGCAGAGCACCCGGAUCUUCAGCUUCAUAUAUGGUAUUUGCAUCUUUGACUGACAUAAGUAUUGUGCCAUUUUAUGCGUAUAUUUCUCUCGCAGCUAAAACGAAACAAACUACUUGGACUACGUCUCUUUCUGAUAAGACUCUUCUAACAAUCUUCACCGACAUUCUUUUCUACGCAGCCACGGUUGGAGGCGGGCUUCAUUUGAUUACUCUUGCUAUAUCUCUAUAUCUCGCUGUUACAUUCCGCAAAAUUAACCAACUUCCUCCGGAUAUGAAUCCUCUGGAAGAUAAUCUCACUUCUCGCCACAAACGUAACAAAUCAUCCAUUUCAACUUUCACCACCAUCACAGCUCCAUCUGAGAAAAGACUGUCAAGAGGUUCCAACCUUGAGGACAAACGGCGUUCUGGAGCCGCUUAUGAAGAUCUCGAUCGCCCUCCAACAAUACCUUUCUUCCACACGCGGACAAAUUCCAACGAAUCAUUCCAGACUAAUCAAUCCUCACCUCGUACAUCUCGCACAGAUUCCCCGGCUCGCUAUAAUGCCUACAAGCCCAAUCAAUCACCCCGUCACUCAGUUCCGGAAUUCAAAGCAGCACCCUCAAUUUUAUCUUCCCCAAAACGCGCAUCUCAUCAGUCGUAUACUUCAAUUCCCGCCUCUGAUCUAUCCUUCCACACAGCUGAAGAAUCUGCUAGCAAUGAAGGCGGCGUAAUAAGCUGGUUCACUAAUGAUUCUCUCGGGAAGAAGGGCGAUCGCAGUAGCGCACCAGGCUCUCGACCCCACUCGCCCAAAAAAUCAUCCACUUCCAUCAAGUCUUCCUACCAUCCCUUACCGCUUGAUCCCGCCGCGGCCGAUGAUUAUGAUGACAAUUUCCAUCUGCCCAAUCCGCUAAUGGAAAACCCUCCAACCCCACGUCACAAUUUCCCCUCCUCGUCAUCCAAAUAUUCCUCCCAAGCCCCGUCCGCAAUCAAUCCAGAUGCCAAUGAACAUAUCGGCAGCCCAAGUGCUGAUAUAAGCGACGAGCCAUCUUGGCCUCUACCUCUGCGUUCUCCCGAAAUUCGCGAGCUAACACCUAAGCCCCUUCGUACACGUGAUUCGGGCUCGGGCGAUAGCUUCAAGUCGAAGAACUAUGGAGAUUUGAAGCCUGCAACACCACCUGUUAUGGUUGGCGGGGACGGGCGACAGGUUAGCAGUGGAACUGAUUUCGCUGGUCAACGUGGAAGUUACAGGAGAGAUGUUAGUGGAAAGAUUGCUGAAGAAGGGAGAGGGGGUGGUGUAUGGGGAGCAAGGCUUAGGAAUAUAAGUGGAUUACAGGUCUUGUAG